UCCGGUGGUUUUGUUGUUGUGCAGAGCUCUGGGAUUGAAACGUUAGUGGAGGAGCUUUGCUCCAGACUGAAAGACCUGCAGAGUAAGCAAGAGGAGAAGAUUCACAAAAAGUUAGAAGGCUCUUUGUCUCCCGAGACUGAUUUAUCUCCCACAGCAAAGGAUCAAGUAGAAAUGUACUAUGAAGCAUUUCCUCCUCUUUCUGAAAAGCCAGUCUGCCUGCAGGAAAUCAUGACUGUAUGGAAUAAAUCUAAAGUAUGCUCUUACUCUAGCUCCUCAUCUUCAUCCACUGCUCCACCAACUAGCACGGAUACAUCUUCUCCAAAGGACUGCAACAGUGAAAGUGAAGUAACUAAAGACAGAAGUAAUAAAGUAUCUGCCACUGUACAGGAAAGAACCCAGCAGAAGAAAAGUAAAAAUGAGAAAGAAAACAAGUUUAGUAACAACACAGUUGAAGAGAAGCCUGUUUUGUACAAAAAGCAAGUCCGACAUAAGUCUGAGGGAAAGAUGCGUCCUCGCUCCUGGUCAUCUGGAUCCAGCGAGGCUGGCUCAAGUUCUAGUGGUAAUCAAGGUGAAUACAAGGCAUCAAUGAAAUGUAUUAAAGUAAGACACAAAACAAGAGAGGUUCGAAAUAAAAAAGGGCGUAAUGGGCAAAGCAGGCUUUCAGUGAAAUCUGGUGAAAAGGCUGACAGAAAAGUCCACAGCGGAAGCAGUAGCAGCAGUAGCAGCGGGUCUGUCAAACAGCUGUGCAAAAGAGGUAAAAGGCCAUUAAAAGAAAUUGGAAGAAAAGAAGCUGGCGGUAGCGAUGGAAAAGAUUUGUAUUUAGACAGCAGGAAACCCUUGUGGUAUACUGAGCCGAUUACAGAGUACUUUGUUCCUCUUAGCAGAAAAAGCAAGCUGGAGACUACAUACCGCAACAGAGAAGAUAUAUGUGGCGUAACAUCAGAGGCUGUAGAAGAGUUGUCUGAAUCAGUGCAUGGUCUUUGUAUUAGCAACAAUAAUAUUCAUAAAACAUACCUCGCAGCAGGUACUUUCAUCGAUGGUCACUUUGUAGAAAUGCCUGCAGUUCUAAAUGAGGAUAUUGACCUCGCUGGGACCUCAAUAUGUUCUCAACCAGAGGACGACAAAUAUUUAGAUGAUGUUCAUCUGUCAGAACUAACACACUUCUAUGAAGUGGAUAUUGAUCAAUCCAUGUUGGAUCCUGGUGCCUCAGAUGCGAUGCAAGGGGAGAGUCGGAUUUUAAAUAUGAUUCGACAAAAGAGUAAAGAAAAAACUGAUUUUGAGGCAGAAUGUUGCAUAGUGUUAGAUGGAAUGGAGUUGCAAGGGGAAAGUGCAAUAUGGACAGAUUCGACCAGCUCUGUUGGUGCUGAAGGGUGGUUCUUGCAAGACCUUAGUAAUUUAGCUCAAUUUUGGGAGUGCUGUUCAUCUUCUAGUUCUGGUGAUGCGGAUGGGGAAAGUUUUGGAGGAGAUUCUCCAAUCAGAUUCUCCCCCAUCUUAGACAGCACAAUGCUUAAUUCACACAUGCUUGCUGGCAAUCAAGAGCUCUUUUCAGAUAUUAAUGAAGGGUCUGGUAUAAACUCUUGUUUUUCAGUGUUUGAAGUGCAAUGCAGUAACUCUGUUUUACCAUUUUCUUUUGAAACACUCAACUUGGGAAAUGAAAAUGCAGAUUCUAGUAGCACUGCUAAUAUUCUUGGGAAAACACAGUCUAGAUUGCUAAUAUGGACCAAAAAUAGUGCCUUUGAUGAAAAUGAACACUGUUCGAAUCUUUCAACGAGAACCUGUAGUCCAUGGUCACACUCGGAAGAAACACGUUCAGACAAUGAGACUUUAAAUAUUCCAUAUGAAGAAUCCACGCAAUUUAAUGCAGAGGAUAUUAAUUAUGUAGUUCCUAGGGUGUCUUCAAGUUAUGUAGAUGAAGAAAUCCUAGAUUUUUUGCCAGAAGAAACCUGCCAGCAACAAGCUAGAACUUUAGGAGAAAUGCCCACUUUGAUUUUCAAAAAAAAAUCUAAGCUAGAAUCUGUCUGUGGUAUUCAGCUAGAACAAAAAGCAGAAAGUAAAGACUAUGAAACUACACAAGGAUGUAGUGAAAGCAGUCCGCAUGGAGAUGGCUACAGCUCAGGGGUUAUUAAAGAUAUUUGGACAAAUAUGACAGACAGAAAUUCUGCAGCGAUGGUAGAAAUAGAAGGAAUAGAAGAUGAAUUGUUUUCAACUGAUGUAAAUAACUAUUGCUGCUGUUUGGAUACAGAAGCAAAAGUUGAAACCCUCCAGGAGCCCAAUAAAGCAGUGCAGAGAUCAGAGUACCAUCUUUGGGAAGGUCAAAAGGAGAAUUUAGAGAAGAGAGCCUUUGUCUCAAAUGAUUUGUCAAAAGUAGAUGGUGGUGACUAUACUACACCAUCAAAACCUUGGGAUGUUAACCAGGAUAAAGAAAACUCAUUCAUACUUGGUGGUGUGUAUGGGGAGCUCAAAACAUUUAACAGUGAUGGAGAAUGGGCAGUGGUGCCACCUAGUCACUCAAAGGGGAGCUUAUUGCAAUGUGCAGCUUCCGAUGUGGUGACCAUAGCUGGUACAGAUGUUUUUAUGACUCCAGGUAAUAGCUUUGCCCCUGGUCAUAGGCAAUUAUGGAGGCCAUUUGUAUCAUUUGAACAGAAUGAGCAAUCAAAGAGUGGAGAUAAUGGAUUAAAUAAGGGUUUUUCUUUUAUCUUCCAUGAAGACUUACUGGGAGCUUGUGGUAACUUUCAAGUUGAAGAACCGGGGCUUGAAUACUCAUUCUCCUCCUUUGACCUGAACAAUCCAUUUUCACAAGUUCUUCAUGUAGAGUGUUCGUUUGAGCCAGAAGGAAUUGCAUCUUUCAGCCCUAGUUUUAAACCUAAGUCAAUUCUGUGCUCUGAUUCAGACAGUGAGGUUUUACACCCCAGGAUAUGUGGUGUUGAUCGAACGCAGUACAGGGCUAUACGGAUUUCUCCAAGGACUCACUUUCGCCCAAUUUCUGCAUCUGAACUUUCUCCAGGUGGUGGAAGUGAGUCAGAAUUUGAGUCAGAAAAAGAUGAGGGAGGUAUUGCUGUCCCUUCUCAAGUAGAUGUAUUUGAGGAUCCACAAGCAGAUCUCAAACCUCUGGAAGAAGAUGCAGAAAAAGAAGGGCAUUAUUAUGGAAAAUCAGAGCUUGAAUCUGGAAAAUUCCUUCCCAGAUUAAAAAAGUCUGGAAUGGAGAAGAGUGCACAAACAUCAUUGGAUUCCCAAGAAGAGUCGGCUGGGAUGUUGCCAGUAGGAAACCAAGAUCCCUGUUUAGAAUGCAGUAUGAAAGAAUCUCUAGAUGGGAGGGUGAUGGAGAGCUCUAAAGUAAACUGCAGAAUAGUGGAGCCACGUGAGGAGACUAGCAGGUUUUGCAGUUGUAAAGCAGGGUGCCAUUUCCCCAUGUAUGAGGAUAAUCCUGUUUCUUCAGGAGAGCUUGAAGAGGUAUGUGGAUAUGUAAAAUUAUGGAAUUUGUAGCUGGCAGCUGAUAACCAGCAAUUUGUCAUGUG